AAUGCAGAUGUUUAUCUGUUAAUAGAGAACUCAUGUUUCUGUGUUUCCAUUUGUAGAACAACUCCACACAUCUUGACAAAAGAAGAACUCUCUUGUUCUGUUUUUCUUUAUCCUGUUUCAAGAAUCCCUGUUUCAAAAAUCUUCAUUUCAAAGAUGAAUCUUCAUUUGAAUCUGAAUCUGAAGCAAAUGGGCGACAUGAUUUAUGAUGAUUCAAGGAGGACCAACGAAGAAGAAGAAGAAGACAUUGUUGAAGGAGUUUCAAGAUCGAUGUUAGCAGCUGAAACAUUCUCGGAGGAAGAAGAGGAAGAUUCAUCAUCUUGUUCAUUAUCUUCCAUGUGCUCUUCAUCUGAUUUAACAGAGGAUGAUGAUGAUGAUGCUUCUUCUUCUUCUUCAAAUGGACCUCUUGGAGAUCUCUCCGACCUCAUGUCACACCUCCCAAUCAAGAGGGGAUUGUCAAAGUUCUAUGAAGGAAAAUCUCAAUCAUUCACAUCACUAGCAAAUGUUAAAAGCCUUGAAGAUCUUAUGAAGAGAGGGUUUAAAAAUAGAAAUUAUGGAGCAAGAAGAAGAAAGGCAUGUAGAAGCACCGGAGGAAUAAUAGAUCAAAGCUACAAAAGAGUUUAUAGCCCAAAAGCUACAAUCUCCAAGAAAGCCUCAAGAACAACUUCUUCUGCUCUCUCUUGUUUAUCAAGAAGAAGACAUUAGAUCCGAGAGAAACCAUUAGUUUUGUUUUGUCUUUUUUUUUUUUUUUUAGUUUUUAUAACUUUUUACGAUUCACCAAAAUCGGUUUCAGUAACAUAACCAAAAAAAGAAGAAAAAAAAAAACAUAUUCACCUAAAUCUCAAAGUCUGUAAGCGAUAUUCCAGUGUCUUAAUUGUGUAGAAAAGUUUAAAUAGACUUGUUUGUGAGCAUUUGGCUCGUUUAGUUGUGUAUGUAUCAAAGCUUGUAAACCGGAGUGACUCCAAGAAGGUGGAAGCAUUUCCGCA